AUGUCAGAGGGUCAACUGGUGCAGAGACGCAAAAAGGUUGAGGAGGUUAUUGGAAACAAGUGAAAUUGGAAAACAAAAAUAUUUGUUUUCAGCCGACCACCGAGAAGAAUGACGAAGGAAGCGGCGAUUCGGCACAGUCGUCGGAUCAGGAAGACAAUGACAAAGGAACGAGACUGACUCUGAUGGAGCAGAUUCUGCUGCUCGGGCUCAAGGAUCGAGAGGGAUACACCUCGUUCUGGAACGACUGCAUAUCGUCUGGACUCCGUGGGUGUGUGCUCGUUGAGCUUGUGCUUCGUGGACGCAUUCAGCUUGAAGGUGGAGGCAUGCGUCGCAAGAAUCUGCUCAACCGAAAGGUUCUCCCCGCCUUUUUUUGUCAUAAUCACCGUUCCCAUUUCUCUUCAGGUCACGGUGAAAAGCAGCGAGCCGACGGGAGACGUCAUUCUGGAUGAGGCUCUUCGUCACAUGAAAGAGACGAAUCCGCCGGAGACUGUGACCAGCUGGAUCGAGUAUUUGUCCGGAGAGACGUGGAAUCCGUUGAAAUUGCGUUAUCAGCUGCGAAAUGUGCGUGAGAGACUCGCCAAAAAUUUGGUCGAGAAGGGCGUUCUGACUACGGACAAGCAGAAUUUCCUGUUGUUCGAGAUCACGACACACCCUCUGUCAGACGGAAAUCAGAAGACCAAACUGAUCAAGGAAGUGCAGGAAGCCGUGCUUGGAAAGUGGACGAACGAUGUGCAUCGCAUGGACAAGAAGAUGCUUUCUCUGAUCGUGCUGGCUCACGCUAGUGACGUGCUCGAGAACGCAUUCGCUCCGCUCUCCGAUCAGGAUUACGAGGUGACAAAAAAAUCGGAAGAGCUAUGCAAGUACGAGUUCAUUGCAGGUCGCCAUGAAACGAGUUCGUAGUCUGCUCGACCUUGACUACGAUCAGCAGGCGGAGAAGAAGGGAAAUGACGUGAUGUGGGCGGUGUUCGAAGCGUUCAGCAAGUAA